AUGUGGAUCCCAGAUGUCAGCUCUUCUCUCGAGGAAUGGUAUAUCACGACACCUCAGGAUGCCCCAAAAGAGACAGUCCUAUUCAGACAUCUGAUGUACAAUUAUUUGAAAGCGAAGAUCUACAGGCCAACACCUCAACUCCCAACGCGAACGGCAAAAGACCGUCAAAUGUGUUUUGAUGUCUGUCAGAGGAUCAUCGAAAGCGGAAAUAGCUUGUUCGAGUGCAAAUUAAUCACCUAUCCGUGGCAAAUGGUCCAUAUCCUUUUCGGCGCUGUGGUCAUUCUUCUUGAGGCGUGCUGGCAAUAUCGCUUCCAGCCUUUGAUGACACCCUCGGUGCUUCAUGUCUUGUUCGUGCUGAUACCGCAAUGCCUUGAAGUACUUAGCGAGAUAGGCAGGGGAUGGAGUGAAGCCAACCUAUGCAAAAUGUGUCUUCAGUCUAUGCUGGCAGAAGUCGCCUAUACUUAUGAUCCGUCCGCGUUUCCAGGUCUAUCGCCUAUGCCUGAUGCGGUCACAACGGAGAAUUUGAAGAAUCUCUUAUUCGCGGAUAGAUUGCCCAGUGACAAUAUGCUGUCUGAUGAAGCUGCUCUAGCCAUGGAGUCUCAAAUUUUCGAGAACCCCAUGUACACCUGGGAUAUCGACGAAAUACAGUGGAGCAGCUGGUGCUAG